UUUUGUUUGAAGGUAGAAAGAAAGGAAAAAACGAGAAGAGAAGAGAAGUGAAGCUUGAAGAUGGAGAACAAAGAUUCUGAGAUUCAAGAUGAAGUUCCAAAAGUUUUAGUUGAUGAUGAUGGAAGUUCAAAGAAACUAGAUCCGGUGAAGAAGGAUAUAUCAAACACUGUUGUUGAUGGAAGCUCCAAGAACCUAGAUCUGUUGAAGGAUUCAUCAAAUUCUGUUGUUGAUGGAAAUUCUGAGGACAUUGCUGUUAAGCCUGCUGAAGGAAGUUCUAAGGAGGAUCUUGAUAAGACUGCUGAAAAAUCUUCUAAGAAUCUCAAUGAUGAGCUUGCUAAAAAGUCAUAUGAGAUUUUUCAAGGAAUUGAUAAGAAGGCUUGUGGUGGCGAAGAUUCUAAGCUUAAGAAAAGACUUGUUGAUCUUUUCAAUAACAAACCUGCAAGCUCUGUGAAUGAUGAUGAAGAAGUAAAUAAGGCGUGUGACAUUAUUGAUGAAUUUCUCGAGGAAGAUAAUCUUUUAGCUGCUGUGAUAAGGAAAAUGGAGACUGAUGUUGGAGCUGGAAUGUUACUUGCACAAAAGGAACUUGGUGCAGUUAUAAAGAAUGAUGAGGAGGAAAAGAAGGCUAAGAAACAGAAAACCACUAAGUAGGUUUGUGGUCUUGUGGAGCAUUGAUCGAUUGGAUUUCUUAUGCCUAGCUUGUGUGAAUACAUUGGAUUUCUAUGAUGUUUAGCUUGUGUGGAUACAUUACAUUACAUUGGAUUUCUUUGAUGUUUAACUAAGUAGGUCCUCAUUUUGGUUGUGGUAUUGAUCGUUUGGAUACCACUAAGCAUAAUUGUGUAGAUACAUUGGAUUUCUUCCAAGAUGUUUUGGCCAAAAUAAUGCUUCAUACAUAUUAUCAAA